CAUACACGGGGAGGUCCAACAAAUUGGGCGGCCAGCGAACGAGAACUUUGUGUGCCGUUUCUUGCGCUAGAUUCUUAGCAAAUUAACUGUGUUUUUUUUGUGUGUCGUAUCGUGGUUGAUUCCUUUGAGGUCAGAGUGCUUUACAAUACGCGCAGUCCGCGGAAGAGAGCAAGGCGGAGGCGGAAUGUGCCCCGAAAGUUUUACAUUCAAGUGCUGCGUAGAUGAUCAUUUUGUGACGCCAAACGGGAGCAUACCAGACAACGUUGGCGUCUCUUUGUGUUUGCAAAGAAGAUAUUUUGCAUUAAACGAACUUUAAACUAUGCAAAUAGCAAAUAAGUGCCAUAAAUAGAAAACUACAGCAGCCACGGCAGCUGUGAAGCUGCAACAAACGCGUCAUGCUGCUGGAAAGGUCAAACGGAGACCAGGAAAACAUGCUCCCACAGACCCACGCGGCAUUUAAACGGAAGCCCGAACAGGAACGGGAGCUGCAGCCCAAGCAGCACAAGAGAUCCUUCGAUCCCCGGAACUCCAGCAACACGAAUUACUACAACAAUAGACAACAGGCGAAAAUGUAUUCUAAUCCCCAUAGGCAACGGAUGUUUGUCCAGAACAGACCCCCCAUAAGUGUAGCAACGACACCCCCACCGACAUUGCCCAACACUGGCAGUGAUGAAAACAAUCCAAAACCAACAACAAUAACAUAUGACAAGAUGCAACAGCAGUGUAAUCCGAAUAAUAACAACAACAAUGCCAAUAACGGUAACACCACUGGCCACAAUUUCAACAACCAUCAAAGCAACGGUGGCAACACCAGCAACAACAACAACGGUGGCAAACGCUGCCCCGGAAAGUAUUCCAAUAGCAAUUGCAACAACGGCAAUAUGCCUGCCUACAACAACAACAACAAUAACAAGAAUGGAUCCCGCAAGAAUCGCUACAACAACAACAACAAUCAGAAUCACAAUCAAAAUCAAAAUCAAAAGCAACGUCACUUCUAUGGCAAUUCGCAAAAGCGAAUCGAUGGAGCAGGCGGCGAUAUGGAUUCCACUCUCAAUGUGGAAUCGCAACCACAAUCCUGGCGCAACUACGGCGGACACCAUCUGGUGAAUUCUUCAUGCAUCGAAGACAAAUUCCUGGGCCAGCACAAUCCGGCCCACCGCAACAGCACCAGCAGUGAGACCACUAGCGAGGACAUCUGCUCCAGCCGGGAGCAGAUCCACAAGCCCAAGGCUGACCACAACAAUGCCUCCAAUGGGGCCAGCAACAGCAAGCCACACUCGAAGCGGCAGCAGAAGCAGUCGCUGGGCAGGAAUCCUGGACAGCAACAGCAGCAGCAGCAGGACCAGAAUGGCCACAUCAAGGCAGCUGCAGCAGGUGCAGCUGGAUUCAACAAAACCAAGCAGCAGGGAAGUGCUGGCAAGUGGCGCCAGCAACAGCAGCAACCGCAGCAACCAUCACAACAGCUGCAGCAGCAAAAGCGCGGCAGCAACAAGAAGCAGCAGCAGCAGGGCAGCAACAAAUGGUGCAACAGCAAUAGAGGCAGCAGCGGCACACAUGGCAGCGGGGGCGCCGGGAACAGCUGCAACAACAGCAACAUGAACAUGAGCAAACCGAGCGGCAACAAAAAUCGCAAUGUGGCCAAGAAUCUGGCCAACUCCUGUGGCAGCAGCAGCUUCUCGUCCUCAUCGUCGGCCCUCAGCUCGUCUGCUGGUAGCUCUCCGAACAGCUCGCCGUACGCGAAUGGCAACCGGAAGCGUGCCAGUGGCGGCGAUCAGUGGCGCCAUUGCAACAACCUGAUGCUGCAACAGGGCCAGGUGAACGUGAACUUCCUGGUGCCGCCGCUGCGGCAGCGCGAGCAGUUGAAAUUGGACGACCAGGAGGUGAUCGAGCGGCUGCGCCCCCACCUGAUUGACCAGCACCUGCUGCGUGUGUACGGCUUCCCCGUGGAGAGUGUGGUGCACGAGGGCGCCAUCGAGAUCUUCAAGUGCAUGCCGAAUAUGAAUAUGGCCGCCGCCCGUGCUAUGUCGCUGACGCUAGAGCGGGAAAUGCAGUACCAUGGGCAUGGUAUGGGAAUGGGAGCCAACAAAUGCUUCACCAUCUCCACAGACUCGGGCAACAGUUCGCCGAGCUCGCUGGACUCGGAGUCCGGCGAGUGGAGCGGCAGCGAAAGCGGCGAGUCGUCGUCGGCGGGCACAAGCAGGCCGGAGAUGAAGUACUAUCAGUACGCCAACAGUGUUCACGCACAUGUGGACCGCAGCCUGGCCAAGCCGUGUGCCCGCUGCAAGCGUCACUUCCUCGUCGAUGAGAUGACCGGCGAGUAUCUGACGCGCGAGGAGUGCGUUUACCACGAGGGCAAGUACAAUCGAUUCUACGAUGGCACCUACAUCGGACGCUGGACCUGCUGCAAUGCCACCGACGAGUCAGCCGAGGGCUGCAGCCAGGGCGAGCUGCAUGUGUGGACUGGCUCUGCAGUGGGCGUCAACGGACCCUACUACGACUUCGUGCGCACCCAACCAGCAGCCCCCGGGGGCUACAACUUUGGGCACACACCGUCGGUGUACGCCCUCGACUGCGAGAUGAGCUACACGGGCCGUGGCCUCGAUGUGACCAAGGUGUCGCUGGUGGCCCUCAACGGGCAGCUGGUGUACGAGCACUUUGUGCGCCCCGACUGCGACAUCAUUGACUACAACACACGCUACUCCGGCAUCACGGAGCAGGAUCUCCGCUCGGGCGAUGUCAAGUCCCUCGCCGAGGUGCAGCGCGACCUGCUGCAGCUGAUCAGCGCCGACACCAUCCUGAUCGGCCAUGCUCUGGACAACGAUCUGCGAGCUCUGCGCAUCGUCCAUCACACGCUGAUCGAUACCUCGAUCACGUUUCCCCAUGGCAGCGGAUUCCCCUUCCGUCGGGCCCUGCGCCUGCUCACCAAGUACCACCUGCACCGCGAGAUCCAGUGCGGGGAUGGGACAACGGGUCACAGCAGCUUCGAGGAUUCGCGCGCCUGCAUGGACCUCAUGCUGUGGCGUGUGCGUCGUGAGCUAGAUCCCACAUGGCGCUGGCAGGGAUAGGAUCGAAGAUCGACAAUCCACAAUCUAAGAUGGAAGAUCGAGAAUGCGGAUGCACACAACUGGGGUCGUGUGCAUAGUUGGGCGGGUUAUUUUAGUUACAUGUAGUUAUUAUAAUAUUGGGAUGGGUUUCUGGGGGUAGGGCUUAGA